CACACACACAAACACACACGCAGGCUGGCCGGAGGAAUCUGCAAUUUCCCAGCCGGAGUGUUUUAGUUUUUACCUUUUGCGGGCGGCUCCAAGGGAGGGGAGCCGCAGCCUGGGAAACGUCGGGCAUUUCCCGUGGAUUUGCGCCGGGGGGAUUUUGGAAGCGACGCUUUUUGCUUUCCCAGUUGCUGGUGUUGCGAGGAAGAAAGUGUGUGUGGGGAAGAAGACAAAGCCCACAAGUCAGUUGCAGUUGUGUGUGUGUGUGUGGAGGGGGGGUUGGGAGCUAACAAAAGGCAAAGGAAGAUACAAAAGAGAAACCGCGUCCUGCUUUGGAUCCGAAUUGGCCGCGGGCUGGGUUGGCGCUGCAAUGCUUCCCAGCGGGACCCCGGAGCAGAAGCCCAGUGCCUGAGCUGCUCCAGAUGCGGAGUCCCGCAGCCGGCCGGACCAAGCGGGAUCGGCAUCUGCCCACCGGUUUCUUUCACGGGAUCGGGAUGCACCGGCGUCUCGGCGACUGAUCAGACCGGGGGGGACAGGACCCUUCUCUGUCGCGGUGCCCACCCCCCUCCCACUGCGCCACUGUGUCGCAGGGCGUCAUUUUCUUCUGAGAGGAGCCCAGCCAGCUGAUCAAAAUAGAGUCCCUCAAGGUGACAGUCGACUUCCUGAAGGUGCCCCUUGGCCUGAAGAAGCCCGCGCUGAAGGAGGCAGCGGCCGCCUUGGCUGCUGUCCCCGUCGGGAGAUCCAAGUCCGUCAACGUGGAGCGCUACAAGGCCCGGCGCUCCGACAACAUGGACAACGAGUCGCAGUACUCGGGGUACUCCUACAAGUCGGGGCACUCGCGCAGCUCCCGCAAGCACAGAGACCGGCGGGACCGGCACCGCUCCAAAAGCCGGGACGGGAGCCGGGGGGACAAGUCGGUGACCAUCCAGGCCCCGGGGGAGCCCCUGCUGGAUAAUGAGUCGACCAGAGGAGAUGAGAGGGACGACAACUGGGGCGAGACCACCACGGUGGUGACGGGCACCUCGGAGCACAGCAUCUCGCACGAUGACCUCACGCGCAUCACCAAGGACAUGGAGGACAGCGCCCGCCUGGACUGCUCCCGCCACGUGGGCGUCUCACUGGGCGGGGCCCUGGCGCUGCUUUCCUUCCUCACCCCGCUGGCCUUCUUGCUGCUGCCCCAGCUGCUGUGGCGGGAGGAGCUGGAGCCCUGCGGCACGCCCUGCGAGGGGCUCUUCAUCUCCGUGGCCUUCAAACUCCUCAUCCUUCUGCUGGGCAGCUGGGCCCUCUUCUUCCGCCGCCCCAAGGCCUUCUUCCCCCGCGUCUUCGUCUUCCGGGCCCUGCUCAUGGUGCUCGUCUUCCUGCUCGUCGUCUCCUACUGGCUCUUCUACGGCGUGCGCAUCCUGGACUCGCGCGACCGCAACUACCAGGGCGUGGUGCAGUACGCCGUCUCCCUGGUGGACGCGCUGCUCUUUGUCCACUACCUGGCCGUGGUGCUGCUGGAGUUGCGCCAGCUCCAGCCCCAGUUCACGCUCAAGGUGGUGCGCUCCACCGACGGGGCCAGCCACUUCUACAACGUGGGCCACCUCAGUAUCCAGCGCGUGGCAGUGUGGAUCCUGGAGAAUUAUUACCACGAUUUCCCCGUCUACAACCCCGCCCUUCUCAACCUGCCAAAAUCCGUCCUGUCCAAGAAAAUGUCCGGGUUCAAGGUGUACUCGCUCGGCGAGGAAAACACGACGAACAACUCGACAGGCCAGUCUCGGGCCGUUAUCGCCGCGGCCGCCCGGAGGCGCGACAACAGCCACAACGAGUACUACUACGAGGAGGCCGAGCACGAGCGCAGGGUGCGGAAGCGCCGCGCCAGGCUGGUGGUGGCCGUGGAGGAAGCCUUCACCCACAUCAAGCGGCUGCAGGAGGAGGACCAGAAGAACCCGCGGGAGAUCAUGGACCCGCGAGAAGCUGCCCAGGCCAUCUUCGCCUCCAUGGCCCGGGCCAUGCAGAAGUACCUGCGCACCACCAAGCAGCAGCCCUACCACACCAUGGAGAGCAUCCUACAGCACCUGCAGUUCUGCAUCACCCACGACAUGACUCCCAAGGCCUUCCUCGAGAGGUACCUGAGCGCUGGGCCCACCAUCCAGUACCACAAGGACCGCUGGCUGGCCAAGCAGUGGACGCUGGUCAGCGAGGAGCCGGUGACCAACGGCCUGAAGGACGGGGUAGUCUUCGUCCUCAAGCGCCAAGACUUCAGCCUGGUGGUGAGCACAAAGAAGAUCCCCUUCUUCAAGCUCUCAGAGGAGUUUGUGGACCCCAAGUCACAUAAGUUCGUCAUGAGGCUGCAGUCGGAGACCUCGGUGUGAACUGCAAAGGGGGCUAGGUUAUGGACUCAUGCCUGAGGAGGAGCGAGUUGCAUCCAGGACUCUCCCUUUUUUGACCGGAGCUUAGAGAGACCAUCAUGCAGGGAGAGCCUUGUGGGAACCUCCCAGAACCAGCGUGCAUGCCCUAGGGCUCCGUCUCCUCUCUCUGCCCUCUUCCAUCUCUGCUUGCCCCCCAUUUGGGGGUCGGGGGCAGAGCCCUUUCCCCUUCCUGUCUCUGCUGUCUCCAAAACCCAGAUUCUUGUAGCAAUCUCCCAGGAGGUCGGAAGGCGUGUCGCGCGAAGGCUGGCGUUUUAGCAGGAAGAAGAUCCCUCAUUUGGUGCCAAAACUCAAGGGCUACUUCUGUUCCCUCCUUCACCAGCGUCUCCAAAUGCGGCUGGGUCCGAGGAACCGUCUGUUUCCUUUUUUGUAUUACUAUCCUGAUUCUGGCCUUUUUUACAACUUCCCCGGAUGUUUGGAGUGUGUUUUUUAAAUCCCCACGUGCGAGGGUUUUGGAGCAUUUGCAAGCGUCCCUCCAGUAUCGUGGCUGCUAUCGAAAUCUCCCUGCUCCACCUGCAGGCAGGAAAAGACGAACCAACGAUGCCGACUCUGGUAUCGGAACCUCCUCUUUGGCUCUUCUCUGGGGUUUUCCAGCUCAGUUUUUUAACAACGACGAGAAGACUAGUUUUAAACAGUUUUUUUAAAUAGCGAUUUUUUUUUCCGUGUGUGCUGAUCUCUGUGCUUUGUAAUGGAAUCCUGUGUUUUUUGUAAAUAGCAACUCAAACUGGCCCAGUUCCGCUUCCUUGACUAACUGGGUCCAAUUCCUCCUUUACAGCAAGGGCAUCUUUACCCCCCUCCGGCAGUGUAAGGGGGCCUUAAAGCGGAUGUCAAGUAGGGUUACGCUGCUGGAGUGGCAUAAAGGGGCCUUUGUGUCCAGGAGAAUCAGGCCCCCCGAUGAUAAGGUUGGUGAAUGUGCUGAAUUGCAGGAGUUGAGCAGAAUGACUCAUCCUCCUUGCGCUUUUCUCUGUCUGGAGGCUCAGCUUUGGUUUAGCUGUUGGGAUUUAUAGGAAAAACCGCCCCAAAUCUCUCCCAGGCCCUAGUACUCCUCCCCAGCCUCAGGCAAGUAAAGCAACUGUGACUUGCUUUUGUUAAAGGUCAUGACUCAGCAAGGUACGUGCCGAAUGUUAUCUCUCUAAGGUACUUACAUGGCCCCCAUCACCACGGCAUUUGGGGGGCUCACAGCACUCCGUGCGGCCGGGCAGUGCUGUUGUCCCCGUUCUGCAGCUCAGUGGAAUUUGUGGCGGUGAAGGGGCUCAAACCCAGAUCUCACAGGCCCAGUGGUCUAACCACUGUCCCAUCCUUCCUCUGACCCCCCAGCGGGUGUAACCUAGCAUAGGGCCAUUAACUAAUGGCGCUUUGCUGAUUUACACCCGCUGAGAUUCUGGCCCGCGGAUGUAAAUGGAACUGUUCUUGUGCUGGAAGUCAGGCGUGUGCUUUAACGGCCUUGCUGGUUCAGGGCCUAUCAUCACACGCACGUUUGGUGCGAAAACAGCCCCUCCGGCCGUGCGCCCGUAUCUGCCGGCUUUACGGAUGCAAACAAGUCAUUGCUCCCAUGAACCCUGCAGUGGCGCGCGUCGGACCGAGCUGGGUUCUGUUUUUCCUCCUGUACCGUCCACAGAGCCUGACGACCGCAUCUCUGGCCUUGGUUCUCGGUGCGCCGAGCCUCGCACGGUCCCUCGCACCAGUGCACAGCCCAGUGUAAAAGGCUCCCCCUCUUGAUCUGGCAGUGUUUUGCCCUCCCUUUGUACCGCUGACCCAGGGCACUGGAGAAUCGGGUUCUUUUGUCUCCACGGCUGGUGCGAGAAGGGGACAAAAAUGCAGAGAUUGCAGCUGGUUCCCGGGGCUGGCCUCAGCUAAUGAAAUCCAGCUCUUGGCUUGGUUACAAACUGAGCUGGUCGGAUCUAGAGACAAAGGCCUCCAGGUCCAUUUCUCUUACUCACCCUUUGUAGAUUGAAUUAGUUUCAACACGCCAGCUGGCCCCCUGCACAAACAGGGCUCUUGUCCACGGAACAGGGCUAAAGCCAAGUCACUUGACUUAAAAAUAAUUUUUGCUUCCUCCUGGCAAACUUUGUCCUGGUCUCCCCCUUUCGUUUUGUUUCUGGAGCAGCGUUGCUGGGCAUCAAGGGCCCGAUCCGGCUCCUGCGGGAGUCUCCGGGGCCCAAUUCCUGACCUUCCUGCCCCUUUACGCCAGCCCAAAGCGAGCACGUGAGAUGCAGCCGUUCUGAUCCGCUGGCAUCUUGCACCUGACUUUGCCCAUGCCUCAGUGACCAGGGCCCAGACCCUGCCGGCUCCUACGCACACGCUGAGCUUUGUGUCCCGUUGGGCCUGCUCCUCUGCGGCGCCCAGUGCGGUCAUGAACGCGGGUCGCUCGUGCAAAGCGAGUGCAAACCAGAACGGUCGUGCGUUCACACCUGCGUCGCACUGGUGCAGCGAAGGGCUGACCCUGUGCCUGUCAGCAUCCAUGGCAACGCUCCCAAUGACUUCAAUGGAGCAGGCCUGGAAUGCACCAGACACAGGGUGACUGAGAAGUGGGCACAAGGGGACUGCUCACAUGCACAAGUGUCAGGAUCCGAGCAAGGCAGGGUGCAAGGCUGCGGAGGAUCAGGUCCAGCGGGAGCACGGGGGGUGUCUCUCCCAAGGCCCCAAAGAUUCAUUCCUUCUUCCCUCCCGUGUCCUCUGGAGCCUGGAAUCAGAAACCUGCAAUUCGUUACCGUGCCCCGGCCUCCCACUUUGUACCAAGUCUCCCCACUCAGCUGGUGCGUGUGUCUAGAACUCCCCACCCAGUGGAUACUAGAACUGUCCGUCCGUCUUUGCCAUGGGCCUGUAUGAAUUCUGCCUAUGCCAACUUCAGUGCUGGGGAGAGGCCUGGGCUAGGCCUGCCAUCCCCAACUGCAAGUGGCAACUUUACGAUGGGCCCCUCGCUUGGCGGGUUUUCGUCUGACGUUUGUUUGUUUGUUUUUUAAGUCAAACCGACACGAAGUCUUUUUGGUUACAAAUACCUCACGGGUUUUCUACUGGGUCCUUUCUACCGUCUGUGCCGUUGUGGUUGUGUGUGUUCGGUGUGAGGAGAACACCGGGGCUGUGUGAGGGUACUCAGAAACGGCGGGUCGCUGUCGAGGUUGGGGGGGGGGGUUGUAGGGCUCGCCAAUUUCGUCACUGUGAUUUUUUUUUUUUUUUAAGCACUAAAGUUAUUAAAGGACUGUGACUUGUGGGGGCAUGAGGGGAAAUUGACACUAUUUUGCUCUUGAAGUCAGAUCUGUGGUUAAUGUUUUUCCUUUUAUUUUUAAAAGUAGGGGUCCCCCCCCCCCCCCCAUGCUGUUGCUCAGAGGUUUACAAUCGUGGUAACUCCCUAUCUUUCUAACAGCCUCUGGGAUGUCAACUGCCUUUCUGAGCUCAACUCCUCCAGGCUAGCCCCCCAGCUCGUGCCAGUUGCCGUAACAUCUGUCCAGCAGUCCGCCUAUCAGUCAGAGGGUGUUGUUUUGCCACCCAUCACCGUAGUGUCUGGGCACCUUCCACAUAAGAUCAAUAGCAAAGUCCCUAGUGGAUUUCAUGGCCCUUUUCGGGGUCAAAAUUUGGCUUGGGGGUAGGUUGAGCCCAGCUGGGGAUCUGGGUCUCCAAGUCUGUACAAAGAUACUCUGCUCUCCUCACUCUCCUGUUCUCUCACUGUUCUUUGACUUAAUUAGCACCAGGUUCACCAUGCGGUCCAAGUUCACCCUAUGCUGAGGUCCGUGCCCCACUAAACCCCCACUAAACCCUAAAACAGCGUUGAUGGGACAUCACUGGUGCAACUGCUCUGUGCACGACCUUCUGCACAGCAGGGGAACUCCAUCCCCUCUCUCUCUUCUCGAUUCCCAGCAUCCUCUUUGCUUACCGCCCGGGUCCGAUUUUGAUCUUGGUUACACUGGUGUAAAUCUGGAGUCACUCUGGAUUUGCACAAGUGCAGCUGAGACCAGUCUGACUGUCUUUAGUCUUCCAGGGCUUUUAACCCUUUGUUUCUAUCUCCCAUUCCACCUUGCUUUGGAUCUCUGUACCUUGGCCUUUCCAUCACCACACCAAGCUGCCAGCUUCCCCAUCCCUCCCUGCUGGGUCAUCCCCCAAGAUGAGUUCCCCUCCCUUUGCCUGGCUCCAUUAGUGUCUUGCCUCAUGUCCUCUCGACUUCAUUUGCUUCCAUCCUUCGGGCCAGAUUCCGAUCCCAGUAACACUCAUGUGGAGUCCCGUGAGGAGGGUCCCUGGAGAGACUCUGGCUUGACACCAGUUUCACUGAAAUCAGAAACCGGCCUCCAGCUUCACCUCCAGAGUCCGAUAUCCGUGUCACAGCACAGAGGGCAGUGAAGUGACUCUGGUUUUACACUUGUUUAACCACGAUCAGAAUCUAGGGCCUGAUUCCUCAUUGCCCUGCGCCUAGCUUUACACCAAUGCAUAGCAGGUGUCCGCGACGAGACCAAGCGCAGGCCCACCGAGAAUCAGUGCCCAUCGCUCCAAUCUCUCAGAUCCCUUAACAUCCUCCACCUUCCCCUAGAAACCAAAGCCCUUCGCUGAAAACCCUCCGCUUCAGUAUUCCAAGGACAAGAGGAACCAGCUAAAACAUCUGGAUCAUUGAAGAUGCUUCAUGCAAACAUCUGCUUCCAUUACUGCUGCCUUCCACCAUCAGGGUGAUUACUUUACUUUCACCAUUUCUUCUGCUCCAGAUGAUCUGUUAAUGUCUCCUUUCCUGAUCCUCCAGGGGGAUCUUUCGCCGACAUUGCUUUACGGAUCAGUCACCGUCGCUGUGAUCAUCUUGUCAUGUUUCCAUGUGCACAUUUACAGGGGUAGAUUUUUUUUUUUAAGUUCCCCCCAAAAAAUAAAAUAAAUACAGACUCUUCAGUGGAGUGAGAUUGUAAAUGUAGAGGUUUUAGGGGGGUUGUUUUUCCACUCUGAGUUUAGGGGGAAAAAGGUUUUGGGGGUUUUUUGUUUUGUUUUGUUUUUUACAGAGCUGAUACCUUGUGCAUGCGUGUAGAAAAUUGUAAAAUGUAAAAUUGUUUUUUAAUAUAUAAAAAGUUUGUUUUUACAGUUUGCAGUGAAUCUAAGCAUUAUGGCCAUGUUAGGAACUUCGGGUUUUUUUUCAUAAAUAUAGGAACUAAAACUGUACAAAUUUUUUUUUAUA